AUGGCAGUGACAAACAGAACAACAAAUAAAAAAUGUCAGACUUGUUGACAAACGUUCACGAAGUUGCUGAUAUUUCUGGCGAUUGUUAUUUUGUUAUAGGAAACUAUGAAUAUUAUCACUAUUUGUGCGAUGGAUUUGACGACAGGGGUUGGGGAUGUGGCUAUCGCACCCUGCAGACGAUAUGUUCUUGGGUGAAACACAACUAUCGAGAAGAUCAAAAGGUUCCAUCUAUUAGAGAGAUACAGGAAAUUCUGGUGCAAUUGGAAGACAAACCUAGAUCAUUUGCAGGCUCAAAACAAUGGAUCGGCAGUUUUGAAGUCUGUUUGGUAAUAGAUAAAUUGUACGACAUUCCAUGCAAAAUCAUUCAUGUUAAUAAAGGAGAUGAAUUGCAAAGUAUCAUAGACAGUUUGAUUUCUCAUUUUGUCAAGUUUGGAAGCCCCAUCAUGAUGGGUGGGGAUGUGGACUGUUCCUCUAAGGGCAUCAUGGGUGUCAGGGUUUGUGGAAAUGAUACCAGCCUGUUAGUUGUGGACCCUCACUAUGUGGGCAAGGAGGAGUCAAAGGAGUUCCUACAUAACAAAGGCUGGGUGAAGUGGCAUCCAAUCCGUGACUUCCUAAGUUCAUCCUUUUACAAUUUAUGCUUGCCACAAGUUAGAUAUAAAAAGUUAAGUUUAUAGUUUAACACUUUCAUUGCAAAUGUCUUCAUUCUCAUGCACUCUUUGCAAACAUCGAGCAUAUAUCCAACCAAAUACCACUGCAAAUGUGUUGAAUAAAGUGUCAUAGUGAAAGGGUAUGUACUUUUUAUCAUUGAUUUUUAUUCUGGUUUAACAAAUUAUUAUUACGAAUAUUAUUUUUAUAAGUUCAUUUUACCUGUGUGGAGUAUAAAAUAAAAAUGAUUAUUUAAUGU